AUGGGUCUCCUCCACGUUGUCGAGGACCGGCCGACGCCCAAGUCGGUCUACAACUGGCGGGUCUACGUCCUCGCUGUCAUUGCCUCGUGUGGCUCCAACAUGAUCGGUUAUACUAGUGCCUUCAUCGGGACGACAAUCACGCUCGACUCGUUCACGCACGAACUCGGACUGGACCAGAUGACGCCCGAGCACGUCAACCUGAUCAGUGAGAACAUUGUCUCUCUUUUCAUUGCGGGCGCCUUCUUCGGUGCACUGCUCACCUACGGCGUCGGCUACUACUGGGGACGCAAAUGGGGUCUGGUGCUGGCCUCGGCGGUCUUCACCUUUGGAUCCGGUCUGCAGCUGGGGACCACGGGAGCCCGGGGUCUGGGCAUCAUGUAUGCUGGUCGAGUCCUCUCGGGACUGGGCACCGGUAUUGCCUCGAACAUCAUCCCCAUCUACCUCUCUGAGCUGGCCCCUCCGGCUAUCCGUGGUCGGCUGGUCGGUCUGUAUGAGCUCGGAUGGCAGGUUGGCGGAUUAGUCGGAUUCUUCAUCAACUACGGUGUCGAAAAGACCAUGUCUCCUAGCCACGAACAAUGGAUCAUCCCCUUCGCCGUGCAGAUCAUCCCGUCGGGCCUGCUGUUUGUCGGAGCUCUCUGGAUGCGAGAGUCUCCCCGGUGGCUGUUCCUGAAGGGCAAGCGGGAAAAGGCCAUGGCCAAUCUCUGCUGGAUCCGUCAACUGGAGCCCUCGGACAUCUACAUCACCGAGGAAGUGGCCGCCAUCGACCAGGCCCACGAGGAACAAAAGGCCAAGGUCGGCCUGGGCUUCUGGAAGCCCUUCCAGGCGGCGGCCGCCCGCCCGACCCUCCUGUACCGUCUCUUCCUGGGCUGCAUGCUGUUCUUCUGGCAGAACGGCUCGGGCAUCAACGCGAUCAACUACUACUCGCCGACGGUGUUCAAGAGCAUCGGCAUCGCGCCCGACACCGUGAACCUGAUGACGGGCUUCUUCGGCGUCGUCAAGGCCGUGAUGACCAUCAUCUGGCUGCUCUUCCUGGUCGACCAGCUGGGCCGCCGCAACCUCCUGCUCGGCGGCGCCGUGUGCGGAUCCAUCUGCAUGUGGAUUAUCGGCGGCUACAUCUGCGUUGCCAAACCCGAGUCCAACCCGACCGACCAUCUCACCAGCGGCGGCAUCGCCGCCAUCUUCUUCUUCUACCUCUGGACUGCGGUGUACACGCCCACUUGGAACGGCACGCCGUGGGUGAUCAACUCGGAGUUCUUCGACCCCAACUUCCGCACCCUGGCCCAGGCCUGCACCACCGCCAGCAACUGGCUGUUCAACUUCCUCGUCUCCCGCUUCACCGAGCAGAUGUUUGACAAGAUGCACUAUGGUGUGUACUUUUUCUUCGCGGCCCUGUCGUUCUUGGCCUUCUUCUUUGCCUUUUUCCUCAUCCCCGAGACGAGCGGCAUCCCGCUCGAGGUCGUCGACCAGUUGUUCGAGCAGAAGCCGAUCUGGCGGGCCAACGCUAUGCUCAAGGCGCAGCUGAAGGAGGACGAGGAGCGGUUCCGAUUCGAGAUUAAGGAGGGGAACUUCGACAAGCCUGAGCCGCAGGAGCAUGUCGAGAACCGUGACGCCCAGGUAUAG